UGUGCCGCUUCACAUCAUGGUCUUGAGGAAACAUCGUACAGCGGCGGCCAUCACCCAUAUGAGACACAUUCAGAGAUAUCAAAGCAUGUGCCGGUCAAAGUAAUCGAGAAGGUGCCACUUUCCAUACCCCAUCCAGUGCCUGUGGAGGUGCCGAAUGUGAUACGCAUACAAAUUCCUGAGCCUUAUGCAGUGCAUGUGCCUGUGGAACAUGAAAUACAAAUACCAACUUAUAACAUCGUGCCCGAGGUUACCGAAAAACGUAUACCCUAUACGGUAGAGAAGCCAUAUCCCGUCGAAGUGGAGCGCCCCUACCCAGUAGAGGUAAUCAAGCAAAUAAAAAUCCCUGUGCCUAAACCAUACCCGGUGCCAAUUACCAUAUACAAACAUGUGGUGCAGAAAGAGCAUGGUUGGGAUUAG